AUGUUGAAGAAGCUUCAGGUGAAGAUCACGAGGCAGAUAAGAAGAUCAUGUGAGCGGAGCCUCAGUAAUCAGAUCUUUACUGCAUCUUAUGUUUCAGGAGCUUCUGGAGCCGAGUGGAGUAUGAAUUACAUCCAGCAGGGAAUAUGUGCUUUAAAUGGAUCUACAGUGUUUAUGAACGGAACUUUUACACAUCCAGAACGUCUUACAGUGAAAAAGUCAUUUUGGGUCAUAGACCCAGUUAAGGAUGUUGAUCCACCUGAUCUGAGUGCAGGUUCAAGUUUCUCAGGCAGGGUUGAGUAUUUAGUUGAUGAAAAGAAAAACUUUGCCCUCAAGCUGAGAAACGUAAUGAAGAAGGAUGAACAUGAGUACUACUUCAGAGUCUUAACAGAUGUAGAAGGUCAGAAAUGGAUGAGAAGUCCUGGGAUAAAACUCAGAGUUACAGAGCUCCAUGUAGAAUCUCCUGGAGAAGUAACAGAAGGAGAAUCAGCAGUUCUGACGUGUAAAACCACCUGUAGUCUGACUGAUCCAACAUUCAUCUGGUACAAAGAUGGACGUCCUUUAACCACAGAGAUGAUCCAGAAGAAUCAGCAGCUCCACCUGCAGACAGUCAGCAGUGAGGAUGCAGGCAGUUAUAGCUGUGCUGUAAGAGGAUCUGAACAUCUCCCCUCUACUGCUCAAACUCUCAGAGUCAGACAUCCUCCAAAGAACGUCUCAGUGUCCAUCAGUCCCUCUGGUGGAAUAGUGGAGGGAAGUUCAGUGACUCUGAACUGCAGCAGUGAUGGAUACCCACCUGUGGAGAUCUACACCUGGUUUAAAGGAUCAUCAUCAGUAGGAACAGGAGGAACCUACAGCAUUCCCAACAUCAGCUCUGAGGACAGUGGAGAAUACACAUGCCAGAGUCGUAAUGAACUCGGAGAGAGAAGAUCCACUGCUGUCUCUUUAAAUGUUCUGUAUCCUCCAAAGAACGUCUCAGUGUCCAUCAGUCCCUCUGGUGGAAUAGUGGAGGGAAGUUCAGUGACUCUGACCUGCAGCAGUGAUGGAGACCCACCUGUGGAGAUCUACACCUGGUUUAAAGGAUCAUCAUCAGUAGGAAUAGGAGGAACCUACAGCAUUCCCAACAUCAGCUCUGAGGACAGUGGAGAAUACACAUGCCAGAGUCGUAAUGAACUCGGAGAGAGAAGAUCCACUGCUGUGUCUUUAAAUGUUCUGUAUCCUCCAAAGAGCGUCUCAGUGUCCAUCAGUCCCUCUGGUGGAAUAGUGGAGGGAAGUUCAGUGACUCUGACCUGCAGCAGUGAUGGAGACCCACCUGUGGAGAACUACACCUGGUUUAAAGAUGGUGGAGACUCACCUGUAGGAUCUGGACAGAGUUUCAGCAUCAUCAACAUCACUGCUGAUCACACUGGACUGUACUACUGUGAAGCUCAGAAUGCAGUUGGAGUUCAGAAUGGAUCUAGUCUGGUAUUGGAGACUCUAUAUCCUCCAAAGAACAUCUCAGUGUCCAUCAGUCCCUCUGGUGGAAUAGUGGAGGGAAGUUCAGUGAAUCUGACCUGCAGCAGUGAUGGAUACCCACCUGUGGAGAACUACACCUGGUUUAAGGGAUCAUCAUCAGUAGGAACAGGAGGAACCUACAGCAUUCCCAACAUCAGCUCUGAGGACAGUGGAGAAUACACAUGCCAGAGUCGUAAUGAACUCGGAGAGAGAAGAUCCACUGCUGUCUCUUUAAAUGUUCUGUAUCCUCCAAAGAGCGUCUCAGUGUCCAUCAGUCCCUCUGGUGGAAUAGUGGAGGGAAGUUCAGUGACUCUGACCUGCAGCAGUGAUGGAGACCCACCUGUGGAGAACUACACCUGGUUUAAAGGAUCAUCAUCAGUAGGAACAGGAGGAACCUACAGCCUUCCCAACAUCAGCUCUGAGGACAGUGGAGAAUACACAUGCCAGAGUCGUAAUGAACUCGGAGAGAGAAGAUCCACUGCUGUCUCUUUAAAUGUUCUGUAUCCUCCAAAGAGCGUCUCAGUGUCCAUCAGUCCCUCUGGUGGAAUAGUGGAGGGAAGUUCAGUGACUCUGACCUGCAGCAGUGAUGGAAACCCACCUGUGGAGAACUACACCUGGUUUAAAGAUGGUGGAGACUCACCUGUAGGAUCUGGACAGAGUUUCAGCGAUGACGUCCAGUACGCCACCGUUACUCACAGCAGAUCCAGACCUGUAGAGACUGCAGGUGAUGCUUCCUCUGGAGCUCCUGAUCAUGAUGAUGAUGUUCAGUACGCUACAGUCAGGACUGGUAGAAAACCUGAUGUUGUGAUCAGAUCUGACCAGCAGGAGGAGCUUCAGUACGCCAGUGUUACAUUCCACCACCGCCACGCUGAUGCUGCUGCUACUGGGUGA